AUGCCAAUAUUCAAUUAUUCACUAGGAAUUUAUAGCCAUUAUUUUUUCUCUCUCUCUCUCUCUCUCUCUCUCUCUCUCUCUCUCUCUCUCUCUCUCUCUGGUGUUGACAUCGAACGCUCGUCUCUUUCGGUAAACAUGUCGGGAGGCAAACAGCGAAUAUCGAAUUUAGACAAACCUCUUGGAAAAGGCAGACCAGAGGUGAAUAUUGCCACCUUUGCUCUGCUGUUUUCCGAGAUUGUCCAAUACUGUCAGAACCGUGUCUAUACAGUUCCAGAGCUGCAGAACAAAUUGUCUGAACUCGGUUACCAUGUUGGUUCUCACCUACUCGACCUGUUUUUCCUCCGGGAAAAAGGAUACAAACGAGAAAUUAAACUUUUAAAUAUGCUCCUCUUUGUCAAGUCCAAUUUAUGGAAGACUUUAUUUGGAAAAGAGGCUGAUAAAUUGGAACAUGCAAAUGAUGAUGAAAGAACUUAUUACAUCAUAGAAAAAGAGCCGUUAGUGAACAAGUUUAUUUCUGUACCAAAAGAUAAAGGGAGUUUGAAUUGUGCAGCUUUCACAGCAGGAAUUUUGGAGGCCAUACUUAACGGUGCCAAUUUUCCAGCCAAAGUGACGGUUCACUGGCACAAGGGAACAACAUUCAUGAUUAAGUUUGAUGAAUCGGUCAUCGCUCGGGACAAAGUGGUUGAGGGCAAAUAA